CAAAUGGUACAAACUAGUGAGGAGGUGGGGGAGAUAAGAUACUCGGACUCUCCGGUUACAGUGUAAUCUAAUCAAAUUUGUGUUCCAAUGAUGAAUUUGGGAGCCAAAAUGGGAGCGAGUGGCGUUGUUUUCAGAAUCCCAAAUCCUCCAAUUCCCCUCUCCUCUAAUAAAACACCCACACAACAAUUACUUCACCAUAAGGAGGCGAUUUGUAGCAGCAGCAAAGGGAGGCCAUUUUCUGGGUUGUCUCUGAGACAUGGUGGCUCCUUCGUGUUGGCGUGUCUCCCUCCAUCUUCGCCCUCGUCCUCUUCACCCAACAGUCGCUCUACAAAGCUCUACGUCAGUGGUCUCUCUUUUCGCACCACUGAAGAGAGUCUACGAAAGGCUUUCCAGAACUUCGGUCAACUUGUAGACGUCAAUCUGGUGAUGGAUAAAAUAGCUAAUAGGCCAAGAGGGUUUGCUUUCAUCCAUUAUGCAACUGAGGAGGAAUCCCAGAAAGCUAUUGAGGGAAUGCAUGGGAAGUUUUUGGAUGGUAGGGUGAUAUUUGUGGAAGUCGCAAAAUCUAGAUCAGAGCUCCACCAAGGCGGCCUUAAACAAAACAGAAGACAGUUUUGAAGAGCAAGACAUGGCAUCCUUGUAGUAGAUAUAGAUUGUGGAGUGCAACUAAGCUAGCCACUGGCUCUAGGAUGUCAGUUCUCCAUGUACAAUAAUAUUGAAUGGUGAGACCUUUCAGAUUAAUUGUUUCUCUCUCUCUCUCUCUCUCUCUCUCUCUCUCUCUCUCUCUCUCUCUCUCUCUCAAGAGUUCUGAUUUCUUUGAAACACUUUGUAUUUGGUUUGGGAUGGGAUCGAAACUAUUUAACAUUUUUGUAGACUUUGGUUGCAUGCAUGGCACAAUCUAAGAACUGGCAAGGAUAAAAAUACUAUCAGGCCUUCUUUCACCGA